GCGUUCGUUAAGUGAGCACGCGGCUUAUUUCAUCGCCAAGUGGGAAAUUCUAUUUCUGCAAAAGAAGUUUUUAUUCUGUGACUUUUGUAAGAAGUUUAAUAACUGAAGCAAAAUGGGCAAGGAUUUUGAUGCUAUUGGCUUCGCCAAGGACUUCGCUGCCGGUGGCAUCUCCGCAGCUGUCUCAAAGACUGCCGUCGCACCCAUCGAGCGUGUGAAACUGCUGCUGCAGGUUCAGCACAUCUCGAAACAAAUCACCCCCGAUCAGCAAUACAAGGGUAUGGUUGAUUGCUUUAUCCGCAUUCCAAAGGAACAAGGUUUUGCUUCAUACUGGCGCGGUAACUUGGCCAACGUUAUUAGAUAUUUCCCAACUCAGGCUCUGAACUUUGCCUUCAAGGACAAGUACAAGCAGGUCUUCUUGGGUGGUGUUGACAAGAACACCCAGUUCUGGCGUUACUUCAUGGGCAACUUGGCCUCUGGUGGUGCCGCUGGUGCAACCUCUCUGUGCUUUGUCUACCCAUUGGAUUUCGCUCGUACUCGCUUGGCUGCUGAUACUGGCAAGGGUGGCGCUCGUGAAUUCACCGGCCUGGGCAACUGCUUGACCAAGAUCUUCAAGAGUGACGGUAUUGGUGGCUUGUACCGCGGCUUCGGUGUAUCUGUCCAGGGCAUCAUCAUCUAUCGUGCUGCAUACUUUGGCUUCUACGAUACCGCUCGCGGCAUGUUGCCCGAUCCCAAGAACACACCCAUUUACAUUAGCUGGGCCAUCGCUCAGGCUGUUACAACUGUUGCUGGUAUUGUGUCCUAUCCAUUCGAUACUGUCCGUCGUCGCAUGAUGAUGCAGUCUGGCCGCAAGUCCACCGAGAUCAUCUACAAGAACACACUGCACUGCUGGGCCACCAUUGCCAAGCAGGAAGGCAGCGGUGCCUUCUUCAAGGGCGCCUUCUCCAACAUUCUCAGAGGCACUGGCGGUGCUUUCGUGCUUGUGUUGUACGAUGAAAUCAAGAAGUUCUUGUAAAUUAAAUUAUUAAAUUAUUCAAAACAACAACAACAACAAAUAUAACAACAACAACAACAACAAACCACUACCAGCUAAUUAUAUUAUAUAAAUUGUAACAACAACAAAAAGGAAACCACAACAAAAAAUGUUUAAAGAACAGCGAGAAACAUCAGCAAUAAUCCCCGAUAUAAUUAUCAAAUUAUAUUAUAUAUAAUAACUGGAAUAUAAUUUAAUUGCACUUGCCCAAAAUAGCAAAGAAAAAAACACCUAAAGAACAUCAAGGAUGGCCAGAAAAACAACAACAACACGAAGAAGAGGAUGGAUGAUGAUAUGCAAAAGGAGCUGCAGCUGGAUAUGGGCGGAGCGGAGCGGAGCGACGGCAACAACCAAACUUGAACCCCACAAACAACACACCAAAACCCCCAAAAACACAGCAGAAGGAGAGACAAAAA